UGUCUUCUUAGUCCUUCCUUUUCUUUUAAAUUUCACUAAUUACAAUAGCUAGCUCCCUAUAUUCAACAACAAUUCCACCUCAAUUGCUCUUAAGCCCUUCAAAAAAAAAAUCCCCCCUUUUCAACAUUUUUAUUCAAAAACCCUAAUUUCAUGAAACACACAAAUUUGCCAAAUACCCUUUUCUGAUUUUGUAAUUGAGCUUGAAGGUGUUUAAUUGAAGGUUAUUGUGAAUUGGGAUUUUGUGAGAAUCUUCUUAAUAUUGUUCCUUUGACCGUCAAAUUUAAGACCCACUUUCCCAAUUUAUAAUUGAACUGAAACGCAUGAAUUGAAGCUCAAUUUGGGAGUUCUGUGGUUUUGGUUUCCGGGUUUUAUUUAUAUCGAGAAGUAUUUUUUUAAAGGAUUAAAAGAUGGAGAAUUACGAGCUGGUGAAAGAAAUAGGGUCUGGGAAUUUUGGAGUGGCAAGGCUCAUGAGGCACAAGCAGACAAAAGAGCUGGUGGCUAUGAAAUAUAUCGAGAGGGGACACAAGAUUGAUGAGAAUGUAGCAAGGGAGAUCAUAAAUCAUAAAUCGCUUCGACAUCCAAACAUAAUUCGGUUCAAGGAGGUGGUAUUAACCCCCACUCAUCUUGCUAUUGUAAUGGAAUAUGCAGCUGGUGGAGAGCUGUUUGAGCGCAUUUGCAAUGCCGGAAGGUUCAGUGAAGAUGAGGCUAGAUAUUUCUUCCAGCAGCUUAUUUCAGGAGUCUGCUACUGUCACAACAUGCAAAUAUGUCAUCGAGAUUUAAAACUGGAGAAUACUCUACUGGAUGGCAGUCCAGCACCACGCUUGAAGAUUUGUGAUUUUGGAUACUCAAAGUCGUCUCUGCUGCAUUCGAGGCCAAAAUCAACUGUUGGAACUCCCGCUUAUAUUGCUCCCGAAGUUCUAUCUAGAAGAGAAUAUGACGGCAAGCUGGCUGAUGUUUGGUCAUGUGGAGUGACACUUUAUGUAAUGCUGGUUGGUGCGUACCCUUUUGAAGACCAGGAGGAUCCAAAGAACUUCCGGAAAACAAUCCAACGAAUAAUGUCUGUGCAGUAUAAGAUUCCCGACUAUGUUCACAUAUCACAGGACUGUAGGCACCUUCUCUCUCGCAUAUUUGUUGCCAAUCCAGCAAGAAGAAUUACAAUCAAAGAAAUCAAAACCCACCCGUGGUUUUUGAAGAAUUUGCCUAGGGAAUUAACAGAAGCAGCACAGCUUGCUUAUUACAGAAGAGAAAACCCAACCUUUUCCCUUCAGAGCGCGGAGAUGAUCAUGAAAAUUGUGGAAGAGGCAAAGACCCCUGCUCCAGCUUCCCGUUCAACUGGAGGUUUUGGCUGGGUAGGUGAAGAGGAGGAAGAAGAAUUGAACGAAGAAGAUGUAGAAGACGAAGACGAAGAAGAUGAAUAUGAAAAGCAAGUGAAGCAGGUACAUGAAAGCGGAGAAUUCCAUGUCAUCUAAGGUUUAAAUUAUCUUUGUUGCUUGUAGAAAGCUAUAGCUUUUUAAGUAUUGCCGUUUUCAUGGUUGUGUAAAAUUGGCUCUUUUCAUGUUGUGUGUGAUAUUUAAGGAUGUUUGUAAAUUUCUGGUGUUUUGGUCAGGAGGCUUGUGAAAUUUAUUACCAUGUGUGGUAUACUGAAGUUGGUAGUCAAAGGAGUUGAAUUAUACAUGAGUUUAAUCAACAGACUUUGGUCAUUUUAUGUAGUGUACACUGAAUGAUUGCUUUCUCAGUGAUUUCUGUAUGAAUAAGAAAGUUUGAUUUAUA